UGUAGGGUUGAGUAGGCCCAAGCCUGAUUUGGGUAGAGAGCAGUCCCACUCCUGCCAUGCUCUCUGAGAGAUGUUUGGGGUAUGGGCAAUGCUCUACCACCCCCAUCUGACUUGGGAACCCACAGGCAACUCUGCCAACUGAGCCCUAUUCCAUCACCAGCCACAUGUUGGUUCCCACAGUGGCUAUACCUUUUGCAUGCCAAUUGCUUGGUGCUUUCAAGUGGUCUACUUUGUAAUGCUUGGUCUGUGUCAGGCUCCAGGCUUUGAAGAUGUGAGAGACAGCAUGAUCAUCUACAGGGAUGAAGCAGUCACCCAUCUUGGCAGCAGCUCCCCUGGGGAAGGUAUAAAUACCACCACCCACCGUCUGGGCUUCACGGCACUCGUGGGGCUGGCGAUCUGGUCACCUCGACACCAGAGAGUCCACCAUGGCUUCAGAUCACCAGACACAGGCGGGCAAGCCCCAGCCCCUCAACCCCAAGAUCAUCAUCUUUGAACAGGAGAACUUCCAGGGUCACUCCCAUGAGCUCAGCGGGCCCUGUCCCAACCUAAAGGAGACUGGUAUGGAGAAAGCAGGCUCCAUCCUGGUGCAGGCUGGACCUUGGGUGGGCUAUGAGCAGGCCAAUUGCAAGGGCGAGCAGUUUGUGUUUGAAAAGGGCGAAUACCCACGCUGGGACUCUUGGACCAGCAGCCGGAGGACAGACUCCCUGAGCUCUCUGAGGCCCAUCAAAGUGGACAGUCAAGAGCACAAGAUCAUCCUGUAUGAGAACCCCAACUUUACUGGUAAGAAGAUGGAGAUCGUCGAUGACGAUGUGCCCAGCUUCCACGCCCAUGGGUACCAGGAGAAGGUGUCUUCUGUGCGGGUGCAGAGCGGCACGUGGGUUGGGUACCAGUACCCUGGCUACCGUGGGCUGCAGUACCUGCUGGAGAAGGGGGAUUACAAGGACAACAGCGACUUCGGGGCCCCUCACCCCCAGGUCCAGUCUGUGCGCCGCAUCCGUGACAUGCAGUGGCACCAGCGAGGCACCUUCCACCCCUCCAUCUAGAGCCCCGAUCUCCCCCUCCCCAGGGGCCAGGCCCACCACCCCGGGGCCUCCUGACACCAGAGUGAAUAAAGUGUGGCUUGCAACAUG